CCCAACCAAAAGCAACGCCCUCCUCGUCUACCUGCAGCAACCCUUGCCACGGACGUGCAGCAACCGAAGCAAAACACCCCCGUAGCUCCGCUCUCUAGCCGGCAUCUUCCCUACCAACCUACCUAGAACGAGCACAGGCACGAGCACAGCGUCCCGCUUGGAUGAACCGCCUGGCCAGUAGAUCGGCUCCGAUGGUGACAUUUCCGGCUGCGGCUGCGUCCAUCAUCCCGGUCGCUGAAAUUUUCGAUACUCAUGCUUUCUUUUUCUCAUGAUCCGGUAAUUUCCAGCUGCUUUGGAGCUGCUGCGGAACGCCGCCAUAACAUCUCCCGCAAAUGCCCAUCUUCCAAGACGACAUUCACCAUGUAUCGCCGGCCUCCAGCCCCAUCGCUUUUGAGCCGGCACCCUCGAGGAGCCGUCGCUUGUCCGAGGAGAGUCUGCGGACAGAGCUUUGCGAAGGGCCGGUUCCCGAUAGCCCCAUGCAUCUAUCAACACCAAAGGGCGAUGAGGCCAGGAUCUCGGAUAGAGCCGAGCUGAUAGAGAGGUUGAAACGGGGAGAGAGCCCAACUUGGGUCCCCAACCGACAUCUUGAGUCGAUUCUUCAGCAAGACAAGUCCCACAACUCCCAAGAACAAGGCCGAACCUCGCCCGAAUCACCCACUCUCCUGCCUCCAGCGCCGAUUACACCUGACAAAACCAAGUUGCCAGAGUCAGCAGAUGCAAGACUACGAGAUGGGCUCAGCAUCGAACGGCCGAGAUCAGCCUUUCACAGUGGUGAUUUCACGAGUGACAGAACAGCAUCUGAAAGUGGCCAACACAGCGACUCGGGGAGGGAGAGUGGCCAGGAACGAGGGCCGCCUGAACAUGCUUGGUUUGCGACCUCGCCACCAAGGCACUUCACGCCAUUUCCCUACGGAGUGAGAGCACAUGUUGGGAGAUCACAGUUGCUGGAAAAUGAGCCCGUCGAUGGCUUCAAGUCUGAUACCUCCCCUCUAUCGACAUCGCUGUCUAGCUUUGUGUAUCAGCCUCCGACCAGUCCCCUUGCCCAGUCUGAGACGAACGAAGAUGUUGACUUCUCCACGCCGCCUGAAUUCCCCUCCAUCAGAUUCAAGUCACCAUGGCAACAUCAGCUCAACUCAACGCAUUCUUCGCCAUUUCUCUCCCCCUCUUCAAGGUCACGGGCUCAGUCCCGACUACCGCCACGACGAGAGAGUUCCUUGCCAUAUCAAGCGCACCAGCCUCGCCGUUCUUUGACCUCCGCCCCCAGUUUCCUCCACACUCACCAUCACUUCUCCUCUCCUCAGACACCAGCAGUUCUGCGCUCUCGGCGGCAAUCCUUUGGCCCAGAGACAUCAGCCAUCCAGCACGCCUCCAUGGUUGGUUCAUACGAAGAAAGCAUUCUGCGUGGCCGCAUGUCAACAACGCCAUCGAAGCCAUUCGAGUUCCUUGCCCAGAUUGGCGUAAUGGGAAAGGGCAACUGCAAGUCCAGCCUCCGAUGCCCGCGCCAUGUGACGCUCCCCUUCCCUGCCGUCUAUUACAGCUAUGGUGGUGCUUCUCAUGGGAGGUCGCUCCUCGAUGACGGCCCGAGCCCAUAUGUUGGCCAGAUUGACUUGGAGAAUGGACUUUCCAACCCCGAGGAGGAAUCGAGGUCGCGAAGAAAGGCACAAAGCCGGUACAGUGACAGAAAGCAGCAAGCCAGUAGCGAAGCAGCUGGGUUGGAUGCCCAAGACACGGAGGCCGAUCGAGAACGGCACAAGGCUGCCAAGUCGAAGCGUCUAUCAACUUCUCCGAGGGCGCCCCCGGGAGGAAGCUAUAGAAUCCCUGAAAUAGGGCAGAUUCAGAUCGUCAUCAAAAACCCAAACAAAACAGCAGUCAAACUCUUUCUAGUACCAUAUGACUUGACUGGUAUGAUGCCAGGAACCAAGACUUUUAUUCGCCAGCGCAGUUAUUCCGCUGGUCCCAUAAUUGAUAAUGUACCAAACAUGUCCCAAGCGGACGCCGACCGUCCCAUUCUCAGAUAUCUCGUUCAUUUGCACAUUUGUUCACCCGCCAAAGGGCGCUUUUACCUGUACAAGAGCAUUCGCAUUGUUUUUGCAAAUCGGGUGCCGGACGGGAAAGAAAAGCUGCGUAACGAAACAACAUGGCCUGAGCCGCGCUUCUCCCCCUACAAGCCCAUCCGUGUGAUGAACCCUCCACUUUCGACUUCCAGUGGCGCGGGAGCUAUUUUGGCCAACGGAAAGGCUUUACGGCGGCGCAGCAUGGGCAUCUACAUGAGCAGCAACAUGUCGACCUUUGAUGGCAUGGACGGCCUCGCAUCUCCUGACGGGAUGCCCAUGACAGCGCCGUCACCCAGCUCUGGCCGCGGCAGCGUUACUCCCGUGGAACCAAUCCCGUUGCGCCUUCCGCAGCUAGAUGCCGCUGGCAACGAUAGUAAUGGUGAUUCUGAUAGAAUCGCCGCGGAACGUGGCUCGCUCGACGGUUCACCUUCUCUUGUGAACAGCCGCCCGUUCGCCAAAGAUGCGGGAGGCGUUGACACUUGGGGCCCGUCACAGUACGAGAAGCUCAACAGGGGGGAUGCCGGCUACGGAGGAAACGCGUUCAGCCUUUCGUCUACCCGCAACUCUCUCGGAAAUGCUCCUGAGGGACUGCUCUCUCAGCGCCUGCGUGGCCUAGGCGUGAAGCCUCAGCAGGCGGACUGAGCGAUGAGACUUGUUCGCCAUUCCGCUUUUGUGUAAGAUUGAGCAUCGUCUGCGUGGUCAUUUGCUUCAGAGCAUGUACUCCAUAUUCACUUACGUUUUAUUUUUCUCCUUUUAUCCUUGUUCAUCAUGACAUACCAUACCCACCACGCUCAUCCUAGGCGACCCUGAACAUUGGAACACUAGAAGACACAGGAUUGAAUCCUCUUCGAAUCUCUUCUCGGCUGGGCACUUGAUAUUUUUCGGCAUAGAUCGCCACUUAUUGGCUCCCUUCUCCUUUUUCAUAUUAUGUAUGCGAUUAGGAGAGUAGUUGUUAUUGUGACGCUGCGAUCUUCAUUCUUGUGUGACUUUUAAAAAGCACAUGUACACUCAACUACACUUUUACUGUGCGCCUUGACCUACAGGUAUCAAGACAUGUUGUUGGCUUUCCUUGAUGCGGAAGAUGAAAAGUAUUUUUAAGCUUCAGUAGCUAAAUAUAAUAAAAAUUCGAUUCAAAU